AAUGCACCUGAGAAAGCAACAGAAGAUAACACAAGGACUUGGGCCCCUGUACCCAUGUGGGAGACCUGGAUGAAGCUCUUGGCUUCUGGCUUUGGGCUGGCUUAGCCCUGGCUAUUGCAGCCAUUUGAGAAAUGAAUCAGUGAAUAAAAAUCUCUCUCUUGUCCCUCCCUCUCCAUCUCUGCCUUUCAAAUAAAUAAAUCUUUAAAAAGAAGAAGGAGAAGGAGGAAGAGGAGGAGAAAGGAGCUGACUGUCAAAGGACCUUCCCUUGUCCCCUCUUAGUAAACAGCUAAGGACAUGCCACCUAGCUGCCUAGAGAGGAAAUGUGUUGUCAGAAAUUAACUCAGAAAUGACCUGAGGCUUUGAGUUUUGGAAGACUGUUUUAUGAACGGGCUUUCCUCUUCCUGCCCUAACGUUGAGGAGAAAUAGCCCUUGUAAAGGAUGCGAAUGCAGAUAAAACCCACAGCUCUGUCUCAUCUUCCCACAUUCCCAGCUCUAGGGGCAUCUCGUGUGUCUCUUUGGAUUUGGAUAGACUGGCCUGGUUCCCAUACUGCUUUGUGCGUAGUAGAAUCAUGGUAUUUUAUUUUUAUUUAUUUGAAAAGCAGAGAGACACAGAGAAAUAGACAGUCAGAGAUCUCCCAUCCACUGGUUCACUCCCCAGAUGCCUGCAACAGCCCAGGGUAGGACAGGCAGAAGCCUGGAGCUUGGAGCUCAAACUGGAACACUCAGUUGGGUGGCAGGGACCCAAGUCCUUGAGCUAUCAUCUACUGCCCCCUCCCAGGGUGUGCAUUAGCAGGAAGCUGGAAUCAGAAGCAGAGCUGGGAAUCGAACCCAGACACUUCUGGUAUAGAAUGAGAUGUCCCAAGCAGUGUCUUGGUGGCUAUGCCAGAUGUGCACUCCAGAUCACAAUAUUUAAUGAGGGAAUGAAUGAAUGUUGUUACCAGCUUCUGGACCUCAGGGGUUUGUUAGUUGCUAUGGCUUAGUUGAGGAGAGAGAAACCGUGAUGGUUCGAGUCCUAAUGGAUUCAGUCGCACGAGGCCUGUGUUCCUAGCAUGAGGUCUCUGUGUAUUCCUCACUCCUGCCCACAUCCCUCUGAGAGGACACGGAGGAGUCUCCGCUGCCUUCCCUCUGGGGCCUGGGUGUGGCUUGCUGUCAGCUGUGGGAGAGCACUUCUGGCUGUCUACAUUUGCCUCCAGCUGUCUCAGCAUUCUGCACCUGUCCAGAGUCCACUACACCACUGAGGAAGCAGUGUCUUCUCAUUAUUUUAUCUUCACAGCAACCUGUGAAAAUUGGCAUUAUCGGCCCCUAUUUCAGAGAUGAAGAAACAGGCCCAAGAGAGGGGAAGUGACUUGUCCAAAGGUCACACGAUAAGUAAAUGGCAGGGCUGUGCAAGGGAGCUGAGGUCUGUUUAUCUCCAAACUACACCUGCCUCUGUGCCUCACGCUGGUCCCUGGUCCAGCGGGAAGCCGCAUAUGCACGUCAUUCCCUAUUGUCUAAAGUGUCUCAUGUUACGACCCAGCCUCCCCAAGUACCUUAGCACUGGGCUGUCAUCCAAGUUCAGAUGCCUGCGGUAGACCUGCUCAGAACGGAAGGUGAGCCUACCGCUAAUCAGGAAUAAUCAGCAAUGGGCUUAUCCUUCUCAUCCCUCUGAUCCUAUUAUUCCGUUCCAGAACUCGAAUUGUGGCUUCCAGAGACUGGAGGAGAUAAGGAAAGGGGUAGGGCCAUGUGAUGGUUCACUCCUUAGAGGAGUCCCCUACCGUUUGCCCUUCUUACAUGUCCUACUGAAGGUCGGGCCAACUGCUCCAUGCCCACCUGCCCAGCUCAAGAUAAAGUGAGCCCUAAAGCAGCAGAUAUAAACCCUUGGAUCUCUCACUUCCCUUAAGUCUUAGGCCAGUGUCAGCCCCUUACCCCACCACUACCCCAAAGCAGGGUGGGAUUUUGGUUUUUCUGGCCCCUGUCUCCUGUUUUCAAAGACAGGCAUAUGUAUCUCAAGGUCAGCAAGUGGGUGCUGUGCCCUGAGCUGGCCUGCAGGGGGCAGGAGUUACCAGGUCUGACUCCAUGCCCUCCUGAAUGAAUGGUUGCCGCAACUGACCCUUUGAGAUCAGUGCUACGGGGUGGGCUUUGUGGUGAAGUGGGUUAAGCGCCUGCAUCCCAUGUCGGAGUGCCAGUUUGAGUCCUGGUUAUUCCACUUCUGACCCAUCUUCCUGCUAAUGAAUCCUGGGAGGCAGCAGAUGAGGGUGGAAGUGCUGGGGCUGCUGCCACCCACAUGGGAGACCUGGAUGGAGCUCCUGCUGCUGACUUUGGCCUGGGCCAACCCUGGCUAUUGCAGGCAUUUGGGGAGUGAAUCCGUGGAUGGAUAUCUUUCCCUCAACCUCUCCUCCCCCCAUUGCUCUGCCUUUCAAGUAGAUGAAAAUGAAUAAACAUUUAAAGCCUGUGCUGGGCAAGAGAAAGGGGCACUUAAAAAAAAAGAUUUAUUUAUUUAUUUGAACACAGAGAGGCAUAGAGAGAGAGAGAGAGAGAGAAGAGAGAGAGGUCUUCCAUCUGCUGGUUCACUCCCCAGAUGGCUGCAAUGGCCAGAGCUGCGCCGAUCUGAAGCCAGGAGUCAGGAACUUCUUCCAGGUUUCCCACGUGAGUGCAGGUGCCCAAGCACUUGGGCCAUCUUUCACUGCUUUCCCAGGCCAUAGCAGGGAGCUGGAUCAGAAAUGGAGCAGCUGGGACUCAAACCAGUGCCCAUAUGGGAUGCUGGCACUGCAGGUGGCAGCUUUACCCACUAUGCCACAGUGCCAGCCCCCAGGGGGCACUUUUUAGGUGCCUGGCAGUACGCCAGGCCUUUUCAGGCCUCAUCUCAUGAAAUUCUCCUGAGAGCCCUAGGGAAACUGCUAUUAGAAUCCUCAUUUCAUAAUGGAUGAAACUGAAGCUCAGAAGGAUCAACCAGUCCUCAAGUUCACAUGGUUACCAAGCUGCAGGGCAAGAUUUGAAACUGAGUUACUCGGACUGCAUGCCAAGUGCUGAAGCCCUGUGGCUCUCAACAAUGGCUGCAGGUUAGAAUUCCCUGGGAGGUGUUAAGCAACACCUAAACUUAGGAAAUCAGAAUUUCGGGGAAGCUCUCCUGGUCUACAACCAGCAUUGAGAACUUCUGCCUAUUUAGUUCGUUUGUAAUCGGGUUUGUGCCUGGCACCUACCCCUCUGGGGUCCCUGGUGGGCCCCAUUUUUCCAGACGAGUCCGCAGAUGGUCCAUUUUCUAUAUUUUGCCUGCAAGUCUUUCUCGAUCCCCCCCAGAGUAAAUCAAACCCUGUCUCACAUUCUCAGAGUUCAUGUGUCUCUUGUUUCUCCCAUUUAUCUGAAAUGUUGUUAAGUAAUUGUGUUCCUUGCUCUUACCUCUUGCCUGCCUGCUAGAGCAUUGGCCACCACUCUGCCCGGAAGCAGGGCCGUGUUUAUUUUGUUCCAGAGCACAGUAAACAUUAAACAGUGAGCGUCGGACAGAUGAGACUUCUUUCUUCCAUGUGAAUAAUUACUCACGGAGUCCGUAUUACAUGCCACACAUUUUCCGACAUAUACUUAUAAGUCAGAUAGGGAAAGCCCCAUCUCCCAGCGGAGGAAACCCAAGCUCAGGAAUGGGAGGCAGUCACAUUGUCAGAGCCAGCAGAGCCCGGGCCUAACCCCAGGCCUCCCCGCCCCUCCCAUUCAUCGCAGUCAAUUGAAUCUGACCCCUGGCCCAGACCCGCGGAGUGCUUCCUUGUUGCCCUGUUUCCAAGCUGUGUUCUUUGAAGAAGCCAUUUAUGUUGGCUGCUGGCUCUUUCUGGUUCAGUGCCCUGGCUUCUUCACCCUCUUUCCUGCCCUUUAGGCAUCAACACCCCACCCCCUGGCUCCUCUCUUUCCCAGGGGUGCGGCCCCUCCUUACCCAUCUCCUCUAGAAUUUUGGCGCAAACAAGGCUGCUGGGUGACUCCCCUGAUUAACCCAUUCCACGACGAGCAGCGGCUGCUCCACAGUCACCUGUCUUCACUGGGCGCAGAAACUGGACAAAAGCCCUGGGGAGAGGAGUCUGUUGCUGCAUCAGGGCCCUGGGAGGAGUCCAGCUUCCCGGUCUAUCUCUGGUGCCCCCUGCUGGGCAAAGCUGGUGUGUGGAAACAGGGCCGCUUGGAGUUUCUGGCUUGGGCUCAACUGGAAUACCCCAGGCUUCAAGGUGAGAACUUGCAGGGAAAAGCAACAGCCAAUCACCAGAUGCGUUCUGGCCCAGAGACCUUAAGGAGGGCUUUGUACAGGGCUGCUCCCCUUCUUGGCAUCUCAAGGAAGCUGGGAAUGAAUGCUCGCUCAGCGUCAGGUGGCAGAGGUUUGGAGACCUUGCUUUGGCCCCCUGCACCAGCGCGCUGCCUCCAUCAUGCCUGCCUCAGGAUCAUCUCUUGUUUCCCUUGGGGUGGAGAGAUUGCACACUGCGCAGAAGACAGCUGUGCGCAAGCCCCGGAGACUCAUCCCAUUUUAAUGGCAAGGCAAGUGUGACAAACGGAGCAUGAUAGAGUCGUCCACACAAGACCUGCUAGGCGCUCAACUGGAGCUGUCUGCUCUGGUUGCAGCUGGGAUUGCCAGGGGGCGGUGAGGAUCCGUGCUAGUCCCAAGGACUGCUCUCCAUAAGUGGCAUUCGUUUCCCUGGGGUCUCAUCUGUGCAUGCAUAUGUCUGUGCCUGCCUGUGUGUGUGUGUGUGUGUGUGUGUGUGUAUGCAUGUGUGCACAUACACAAGGCUGCAGACUGUGAGGCACCCUGGCUUUGGGGACCCAAACUAGCCAGCUUCCCCUUCUGGGUCUGUUGGCCUAAUUCCCAGCCGCAGCUGCCGCUCCGGUCCCCUCCCUGAGGCAAUCGCCCUGCAGAUUUGGCAGCAGCAAAAGGAGGGGCUGAGGGAAGGGGAGAGAAGCAGAGAGGACUCAGCUCUAAUCUGAUGGAGAUGAUCCGCCAGGCUCCUCCAGCUCAGCCGCCCUCUGCCAUCAGCUCUCCGGGCGAUUUUCUCUGUGCCCGGCACUCUCCCCUGCUGCCUUCAUCUCCUUAAGAAAGUGCCCCGAAAGUUAAACCUAGACACACAAACACACUCACAAUCCACCAAAAGGAAAAAAAAAAAUCAGAAAGCAAGAGCAGGCAGACGAGUAAGAGAGCACGCGCGCAAGAGAGGGCUCUGCUUGGUCCUGGAGGAAGAGCGGCAGAGGAAGGCAGAGGGAGGCUGGGGUUGGCCGUGACCGGCGCUACGGUCUCCCAGCCCCCCAAGCAGCCUCCUUCAUGGACCCCGGGAUCCUGAGAGGGGCUGCCUCAGCUUAGGAUGGGCAACUGUGUCAAGUCUCCACUGAGAAAUCUCUCCAGGAAGAUGCGCCAGGAAGAGAAGAGCAGCUACAUGGUGGUGCAGACGAGCGAGGAGGGGCUGGCAGCCAGUGGCGAGCUCCCAGGACCACUCUUGAUGCUGGCCCAGAACUGCGCGGUCAUGCACAACCUGCUGGGCCCUGCCUGCAUUUUCCUGCGCAAGGGCUUCGCUGAGAACAGGCAGCCUGACAGAUCGCUGCGACCAGAGGAGAUUGAAGAGCUCCGAGAGGCCUUCAGGGAAUUCGACAAGGACAAGGACGGCUACAUCAACUGCCGGGACCUGGGCAACUGCAUGCGCACCAUGGGCUAUAUGCCCACCGAGAUGGAGCUCAUCGAGCUGUCGCAGCAGAUCAACAUGAACCUUGGUGGCCAUGUAGAUUUUGACGACUUUGUGGAGCUAAUGGGGCCUAAACUCCUGGCAGAGACAGCAGAUAUGAUUGGAGUAAAGGAACUACGAGACGCUUUCCGAGAGUUUGACACCAAUGGUGAUGGGGAGAUAAGCACCAGUGAGUUGCGAGAAGCCAUGAGGAAGCUCCUGGGUCAUCAAGUGGGACACCGAGACAUAGAAGAAAUUAUCCGAGAUGUGGAUCUCAAUGGGGAUGGACGAGUAGACUUUGAAGAGUUUGUCCGGAUGAUGUCUCGCUGAGGCUGUGAGGGCCCCUCCAGGAUUGCCAAGCUCCCACAGGUGGGGAGGAGAGGAGCCGGAGCACGCCUCACCCCACCGUAGCUGCCGAGAGCCCGGGAUGAACUCGCGGACGGGGCCUGCCUGCACCCCGGGGAGGUGCCCACCCCAGACCCCCACCCCUCCGCACUGUGAAAGACUCACAACUCCUGCAACUGGAAAGGGGGGGCGCCCACCGAGGAGGAGGCCACAGUGCCAAGCCAGCAGAGUCGUGCCAGGCGCCAAGUGCCAUGUGCCCGGCCGUGGCCGGCUGGGUGGGCCAGGGAGCCCGCCGCGCAGCAGGCCCCACACAGCAUGUCUGCCUGGGCAGAGCCUCUGGCUGCCCUCCUCAGCUCUGUGCCCGUCCCAGCUCGCCUCAGAACUAAUAAAGUAUUUCCAAGAGAAAGA